UGCUUGUUGCUGUUUUAUUUCAGGGUGGUAGGAGUCGCUGGAGUAGUCACCGAUUCUCAUCGGCAGCGGUAACAAACAGGAACAGGCGGGUGAUGAAAUUAAUAGAGCUGUGUGAGUUAGAGGGGCAGCCAUAUUGCAGCAUUAUUACUCAAUUCAGGGAGGGGAUAAACGGACGCUAGUACUGUCUGACUGCUGUAAAUCCCACCUGUACGGGAAAGGAUUUGGGGGAAAAGAAACCUAUUGGAAGGAGAGAUUGCAGUGCUUCUGAAGGAAACCUUGAAAACAACUGAAAAUGCCAAAGCCAAUCAAUGUUCGAGUUACCAGCAUGGAUGCAGAGCUGGAGUUUGCCAUCCAGUCCAACACAACCGGCAAACAGCUCUUCGACCAGGUGGUUAAAACCAUUGGAUUGCGUGAAGUGUGGUACUUUGGACUUCAGUAUGUGGACAGCAAAGGGUACCAGACAUGGCUGAAGCUGGAUAAAAAGGUUUCUUCCCAGGAAGUGAAAAAGGAAAAUCCUCUGCAGUUCAAGUUUCGUGCCAAAUUCUUCCCUGAAGACGUGUUUGAGGAAUUGAUCCAGGAUGUCACACGGAGGCUGUUUUUCCUCCAGGUGAAGGAAAGCAUCCUCAGUGAUGAAGUCUACUGCCCACCAGAAACUGCUGUUCUCCUGGGCUCCUACGCAGUCCAGGCCAAGUUUGGAGACUUCUCCAUGGAAAGUAAUAAACCUGGAUAUCUGUCAUCAGAACGUAUCCUCCCUCAGCGUGUUCUGGAACAGCACACACUCUCCAGAGAACAGUGGGAGGAACGCAUCCAUGUCUGGCAUGAGGAACACCGUGGAAUGCUCAAGGAAGAUGCCAUGCUGGAGUACCUGAAGAUUGCCCAAGACUUGGAGAUGUAUGGCGUGAACUAUUUUGAUAUCAAAAACAAGAAGGGAACAGACCUCUGGCUGGGUGUAGAUGCCCUUGGAGUGAAUAUCUAUGAAAAGGAAGACAAACUAACUCCAAAGAUUGGUUUCCCCUGGAGUGAAAUUAGGAACAUCUCCUUCAAUGACAAGAAGUUCAUUAUAAAACCUAUUGACAAGAAGGCUCCAGACUUUGUGUUCUAUUCGCCACGCCUGAGGAUUAACAAGCGCGUCCUGCAGCUGUGCAUGGGGAACCAUGAGCUGUAUAUGCGGCGCAGGAAGCCUGACACCAUCGAGGUGCAGCAGAUGAAGGCACAAGCCCGUGAUGAGAAGCACUACAAACAGAUGGAGAGAGCACAGCUGGAGAGUGAGAAGAAGAAAAGGGAGACCAUUGAGAAGGAGAAGGAGCAGAUGGAGCGAGAGAAGAGAGAGCUUGAGAUGAGGCUGCAACACUUCCAAGAGAAGACCAUUAAAGCAGAGAGAGAUUUGCAAGAGCAGAUGAGGAGAGCCAUUCAGCUGGAGGAUGAGAGAAGAAAGGCAGAACAAGAGGCAGCGCGUCUGGAGGCUGAUCGCCAGGCUGCGCUUUUAGCCAAGGAAGAACUGGCCAGGCAGGCUGAGGACCAAAUGAAGAGCCAGGAGCAGCUGGCUGCAGAGCUGGCAGAAUAUACAGCCAAGAUCGCACUUCUGGAGGAGUCCAAGAAGCGUAAGGAGGAGGAAGCUGACCAGUGGCAGCACAGAGCCACGGAAGCCCAGAAGGACUUGGUAAAGACCAAAGAGGAACUGCACAUGGUGAUGACAGCCCCUCCACCACCACCCCCUCCCCCAGUGUACGAGUUUGUGGAAGACAAUGAGCAGGAGGAUGUUGAGGAGACCAAUAGCACCUACAGCGCCGAGCUGCAGUAUGAGGGCAUUGAUGACCACCGCAAGGAGGAGAACCGGAUCACUGAGGCCGAGAAGAACGAGCGCGUCCAGAAGCAGCUCAUGGCUUUGAGUUCAGAGCUGGCCCAGGCCAGAGAUGAUAGUAAGAAGACCCACAAUGACCUGAUCCACACUGAGAACGUGAGGGUUGGCCGUGACAAGUACAAAACACUGAGGCAGAUCCGACAAGGCAACACCAAGCAGAGGAUCGAUGAGUUUGAGGCUCUGUAAAUCCCUUGCUGCACUGUGGGCUUGUAGGUACAUACUGCAGUACACUGUCCCAAAUGCAGAUCUCUCACCUUUUUUGACUUUCUGAGUGGUCAAUGUAGGAGCUUGUAGUAUUAUUGUAAAAAAAUAAAUAAAUAAAAAUUAAAACACUGGUUUUCACCAAGCAACAGUAUAUCAGAGGACUGCUGAUUCAUAUAGAGCGCAAUACAGUUUGGUGAUAACAGGUGUGAAGAUUGAUUGAUUGAUUGACUGGUUGAUUGAUUUAAAAGGCACAAUGUGUUUUAAUUUUAUAACAUUCCAGUGCCAAAACUUAUCAGAUUUAUUUCUUUCACAAUUAUUUUAGUUUUUUGGUAGCCCAAUUACCUUUCACCACAUAAUUGCCAUUAAUCUAAAAUGUUUUAAAUAUACUUCUGAAUUCCUUUGCAAGGGAUAACGGAAUACAGACACACAAGGAAGAUCGUUGUAGUUUGAUUUGUGCUUGGUUUACAAUAGAAUACGUGUAGCCAAAUAGCGUGCCAUAUAAGCUAAGGGAGCUUUGAAGCCAAAACUAAACCCAUUGUUUGUACAGGGCUGCAUAGUGUUUUAAACCAUAUACGAUGGUAUAUUAUAUACAAUUUGCCCACAGCUGAAGGCUGUGACCUUUGACUUCAAGAACUGAAUUAUUAAUUUAGAGAUGAAAGAUGUUUUGCAGAGGCCACUCAGAAAUGAAGAUGAGAAAACAGUAUAAAAACAAUUUCAAAUUACUAGCAGAACAGCACUUUUUUUUUUUUUCUAUAUUUGAAAGCACAUUUCCAUACACAUGUUUAAUAUUCCUGGAUAACCAAUAAUAUUGAAUGGUUUAUUAUUUAUACACUGGUCAUUCCAAUAAAAAAGGUAAUUGAUUUUGUUUUGUAUAUUUUUGCUACAUAGUAUAUUGAAACAGUUAAAGUUGUGUAAUAAAGUUCCUGCGACUAUAUAUCAACCAAAAUAAUGUAGGUUUGUGUUGAGUCUAGUUUCUAAAGAUGACUUAGUUGAAAGAUCUAUUUGUAAAUGUCAUUUUUUUACUUUUAAAAUUCAACUUUCAUGAAAUUCUUUGUAUAAAUUAAUCUAUAGCAAAUAACAUUUCUAGAUGUGUUAUUUAUAACAAAACAAUGUUUUAAAGCUAAUGGCAUCUGCAUUUUGUAAGACUCCACAAUUGAAGUGAGAUAUAUAUAUAUAUAUAUAUAUAUAUAUAUAUAUAUAUAUAUAUAUAUAUAUAUAUAUAAAAUCUCAACUUUUUUCACAUGUCUUUUUGCACCUUUUCUAAUCACUACACAAUGAUGAGUAAUGCAAAGGAGACUAUCACUGACUAUCACCAUGUUUUAAUAAGGUUACAGUUAAUAAUGGGUUGAAAUUAAUAGUGUUCAGGUAUCUGGGUUUUUUUUUUUCUAUACUGCUUUUAACACAUUUCAGAUAACCAUGUCUGUCUUUUCUUUAUUUUUAUUCAACAUGUGUAGUUACAGAAUGUUUUUGUUUAGUGUAAACAGGCAGCAAUGCUCCUCCACUACAUACUUGCUGGUUUGUAUUGAAACUGAGUACACUUUUUACUAAGGUGUUCAUUAAAACAUUUUUGGCAAUAAAGAUCUGCAAAAAA